GACCCCCGGGGGAGGGGGAGGCGGGAAAAGCCGCCCGCCGCCUGCAGCGCGUGGCGGGCUAUCUGCUCGAUUCCCGGGACUGGGCCGCUUAAAUAGACUCGCCCGGGCGUGGAGUCUCCGCAACUGCCUCCAUCUCCCGGCCGAGCUGGAACUGCCGCCCACAGCCGGCGCAGCCGGGGCCCUUGGUCCUCUAGGAGGGCGCGCGCGGGACCCACCGGACCAAAGUCGGGAGUUCGUCGGUGGAGCCUGGGAAGUGGGGAGCGGGUUCCUCUUGGCGCCUCCGUUAGCCAGCCUGGCACAGCGGCGCCAGAGGGAUCGGUUGAGCAUUAUGGAAGAAGGGUACCGGCAUAACCACACUACGGCAAGUGGUCGCCCAACAAAAGUGGAUGCUCCUGAUCAUGUCCUUUACACUGUAGGCUCUUGUGUCCUGGCCAUUGGUUGUGUUGGAAUUAUAGGAAAUCUCCUUGUCCUCUAUGCAUUUUACAGCAACAAGAGGCUGAGGACACCUGCAAAUUAUUUCAUUAUGAAUUUAGCUGCAAGUGACUUUCUGAUGUCUGCAACUCAAGCUCCAGUCUGCUUUUUCAACAGUAUGCACAAGGAAUGGGUACUUGGAGACACAGGUUGUAACUUUUAUGCUUUUUGUGGAGCACUGUUUGGAAUAACCUCAAUGAUGACCUUGUUGGCUAUUUCGGUGGAUCGCUACUGUGUGAUUACCAAGCCUCUCCAGUCAUUAAAAAGAAGUUCAAAAAAACGUUCAUGUAUAAUCAUUAUGUUUGUCUGGCUCUACUCACUGGCUUGGAGUGUUUGUCCAUUAUUUGGGUGGAGUUCCUAUAUCCCAGAAGGUUUGAUGAUAUCCUGUACAUGGGACUAUGUAAGCUAUUCUCCAGCAAACAGAAGUUACACCAUGUUGCUAUGUUGGUGUGUGUUCUUCAUUCCUCUCAUAAUAAUCUUCCAUUGCUAUUUAUUCAUGUUCCUCACCAUAAGAAGUACAGGCAGGAAUGUUCAGAAAUUAGGAUCCAGUUCUAAACGAAAACAGUCAAGCUCACAGAGCAUAAAGAGUGAAUGGAAACUGGCAAAAGUUGCCUUCGUAGCCAUUGUGGUUUAUGUUAUAUCCUGGUCUCCGUAUGCUUGUGUCACCCUGAUUGCAUGGGCUGGUUAUGCCAGGAUCUUAACUCCAUAUUCUAAAUCUGUGCCUGCUGUUAUUGCUAAAGCUUCAGCAAUUCACAAUCCUAUAAUUUAUGCUAUUAUUCACCCAAGUUACAGGAAAACCAUUCGAACAGCUAUUCCUUGUUUGAGAUUUCUCAUACGAAUAUCUGCAAGUGAACUUUCCACAACUCUUGCAAAUUCUUCCUUCAGGUCUUCUAUGUCUAGUCGUGUCUCUUUCAUUUCCAAGAACAAAAGCAAUGACAUUUCUUCCAUUUCUGCUACAGGAAAAACUUGGAAUGAUGUAGAGCUUGAUCCUGUGGAGACAGUCCGUAUAAAAUUGCAGUUACGUGAAAGUAACUCUUUUUCAACAAACACAGUAGAAAGAAGUGAAUUGCCUACAAAUAUCCCGAGCUGCAAUGCACCAAUUGAAGAAAAGCUUUCAGUAUCUCCAGAAGAACUCCUCAAGAGAGCCUUUAAAUUAAAUGCUCCAGAGCUGCUAGUCUUAAGCAGGUCCUUGAGAGCAUUUGACUUGAAUGCUAGCAGCAGAGAGAAGAGUAUGGACACUUCUCAAGCAGAAAUCCAUGAAGACCAAAUAAAUAAUAGCCAAGAUUCCUUGGAAAGUCUUCCGCGCAUCAUUAUCAUUCCUACCUCAGAAACCAGUCUAUCUGAAGAGCAAUCUUUGACAGAAAAUAUAGAGGAAGAAAACAUUGAUCCGUACUCUGCUCAAGAAAGGAACCAGCUGUUACUCAAAGGAAGGCUUCAUUCUUCUACUGGACCAGUUGAGAAACUUGUGUCAUAAGCUUGGCUGCGUCUUUGAAUAAUGAUACCAAAAAUAAAAUUGCAGAAUGGUUUAGAUGACACAUUUUCCCAUGCAAUGUUGAAGUUAUUUCUGAACUCUAUGCACUUUGUAGAAGCCAGCUGCAACAAUAGGGGCUGAAGGCCCAAAGCACUCAAAGCUUAUGUAACAUGCUUGUCAACAAAACUACUUAGUAAAUAUGUCUUUAUAUAAUUGGAAUAAAUUUUCAUGCUUCCAUUAAUUUAACUGGAAUGCUUAACAUAUGACUGUCCUAUCACCAAAUUCCAAGAAAAAGUGUUAAGAGUAUAUGUAACUAUUAAUUUUAGCCUGCACAAAAUCUGUGACUUAAAUCUUUCCUCAUUUCAGCUAUCAGCUGAAAGAUGAGUCAGAAGUACAUGUUAAGGAACAUGCAGCUCCUUAUAACCUGUAACCUGUUGACUUUUUAACCUAGUAAAAUAGUUAAUUUGUCAUUUGUCCUGAACUUGAAAUAGCAACACAGAAAUAAGAAACUGAUUUGAAAAUGGAUGUCUUUAAGGAAAAAUUGAUGCAUUUAAGGAUUUUUAAAAUUUUAAACCAUCACCAUCUUCUAUGUCUCACUGACCUCAGUCCUUUUCACAAUAUCUGUUUGUAUGAGUGUAUUUUUUUUUUUUUUAGGUUAAAAUCCAUUUACCUUUGGAUGAUACUCGGGCUAUAUUCAAAAAAGUGAAAGGGACAGGAUAAAAAUUAAAUUUAAAUUAAAUUAUCACAGUUAAUACUGUUAUUUCCUAUGUAUUUAACUACAGAAGAAUGGCAACUUUUGUGAAACUAGUGUGUAAUCUGGGAGUUCUCCUGGACUCAUGACUCAAGGAACAGGUGGCAGUCAUGGCCAGGAGGGUCUUUAUGCAACUUUAGGUUGUGUGCCAGUUAAUCCCUGCUCACAGUCACCCAAUCCCUAGUCACCUCAUAUCUUGACUAUUGCAACAUGCUCUACAUAGGGCUGCCUUGAAAAGUACCCAGAAGCUUUAAUUAGUUCAAAAUGCAGCAGCCUGCAUGAUUUUGUACAAGUCUUGAUGUGCACAUAUGUCAUCUCUCCUGCAGAAGCUGCAUUGGUUGUCAGUUUGCUUCUAGGUCCAAUUCAAGGUGCUGGUUGUCAUUUUCAAAGCCCUACAUAGUUUGGACCAGGUUAUUUAAAGGACCACCCUUUCCUGGUCACAUCUGCCCAGCCCAUCAGAAUGGGGAGGCAGGGAAUUCUACAGGUCUCCUCUCCCAAAAAGGUCCACCUUCUCCCUGGUGGAAUCUGUGGAACGUCAUCCCCACAGAGAUAAUUUUGGCCCCCAUUUUAACACUCUUUUGCAAGGCGCUGAAGAUCUCCUUUUGCCAACAGGCCUGGGGAUCCCAGAGUGGGAUGGAACCCCUCAAAUGGCUCAUCUGAUUGUUGUCACUAGGCUGUAGGGGAUUAUUGCUUUUUUGUUUUUAUAUUGGGUUUUUAUCCUUAUAAGCCAGCCAGAGUCACUGAGAGUGAACUGGACGUCCAUAUAAGUUUUCUUAAAUAAAUAAAAACCUGGGGUGGCAUCCAAAGAUUUGGAGAGUGUCAGUUGUCUUAGAAAAUGGACAUCACUUAUUUGGCCAGAAUAUAAGAAUCGUUUAAGAAACUGUUAUGGGCCAACUUCCCAAUGAAUCUGUAUUAUUCAACUUAAUUUACGAAGUUUUAAGGCUUUGCACAGGGUUUUUAUUCAUACUUCUUUUCAUUUCAAAUGUGAAGGUGUCAAGCACAUGAUCAAACACGUCCCCUUUUCCCAUUGGCAGGAACUAGACAAAGAUAUCAUACUACAUCUCUUGUAUCUCUCUAGAAUAAUAUCAGUAGGAAAAUACCAAAAAAAAACCCAUAACUGUAUUUCAUCAUUCUUUGUCAAUAGCUAUAAACUGUUGAACUCUCAGAAGUAGGCUUUACUCAAGAGGGACAAUAAAAACAUUUAAGUGCUGUAA